AUGGAUACUUACCGUUUAGAUGUCAAGAGAGGAAUAAGACAAUUAAAAUUAAAACUCUUAAAUUACGAAGCUAUACUCCAGAAGUUAGCAGAGAUGAGAAGACUUUACCAGAGCUACUUACAUGUAAGGGACUUACCUUCAAGCAGUCCGACCAAAGAUGAAUUUUCUGACAUUGUCCCAAUUUUGUCCGAAUGUCAGCUCAGAUGUUUUGAACUGCGCCCAACAUAUCCAGAAUAUGAACGUUUGCCUGAACUCUUCCGCAAUCUCAAAAAACGUUUUUUGGUUCUCAUGUUCGAAACUUUUAUCGGAAGAGACAACAAACGUUCAGAAGAAGAACAAGAUAUUAUUUUAAACUUGUUGUAUGACUUAACUGUCAUAACAAGCUUUUUGAAGUAA